GCUCGGCCAGGAACUUAGACCGCGGGCUCUAGGUUCCGGUCGAGUGCUUCGGGACGACCGCGGCCUAUGAGUGUCUGUACCUCGCCGCUUUCGCUCUGGCCGGCGCGGGGCUGUGAGCCGCGGGUUCUCAGAGCGUGUGCUCCGGAAGCAGGUUUAACAAAUACUUCCUUUUUCACCUCCCUGUUUAAAGAGCAGAGAAGUGGGAAUCCGGAAGCCGGAUUCUGGGCCUCCAGGAGCACUCCGUCCCCAGCAGCUCCUCCGACUCCGCGCAGCCUCUGUGACCGCCCCGCAGCCCUCCUUGUGCCCUGCAGCUCCUCCGACACCCCCCCCGAGCCCCGCCCUGUUCCCGGCAGCCCUCCAGAUCCCCCCGGCAGACUCCCACCCCACGCACCCCGCACGCCAGGGACGCCGAACCUGGCCCGGGAUGGACAGGGAGGCGCGCGUGUUCGCCGAGAGCCACUUCCGAAGCCUCGAGGGGUGUCUCCCCCGCAGGGUCUGCCCGAAACUGGACCGCGUGGACUUCAUCGAGAAGCCGGACUCCUUUUCCUACGCCGACUUUUUCAAGGGUUACCUGCUCCCUAACUUACCCUGUGUUUUCUCCAGCGCCUUCACCGAGGGCUGGGGUAGCAGGAGGCUCUGGGUGACACCCAGCGGAAAGCCCAACUUCGAUUAUCUGCUUCAGAACUAUGGAGACGUGGUUGUACCUGUUGCAAAUUGUGGGGUCCGGGAAUACAACUCCAACCCCAAAGAACACAUGACCCUCAGAGACUACAUCAGCUACUGGAAAGAGUACAUUCAGGGAAACUACUCCUCUUCACGGGGCUGUCUCUAUCUCAAAGACUGGCAUCUGUGCAGGGACUCCUCAGCGGAGGGCGUGUUCACCCUGCCCAUAUACUUCUCAUCUGACUGGCUCAACGAGUACUGGGAUGCCCUGGACGUGGAUGACUACCGCUUCAUCUACAUGGGGCCCACCGGCACCUGGUCGCCGUUCCAUGCUGACAUUUUCCGCUCCUUCAGCUGGUCCGUCAACAUCUGCGGGAGGAAAAAGUGGUUCUUCUUCCCACCGGGGCAAGAAGAAGCCCUGCGGGAUUGCCACGGUAGCCUGCCCUACGACGUGACCUCCCCCACACUCCUGGAUAGCCGCCUACACCCCAUGCGAGAUCACUGUAGCCCACCACUGGAGGUCACACAGGAGGCAGGCGAGAUGGUGUUUGUGCCCAGUGGGUGGCACCAUCAAGUCCACAACCUGGAGGACACCAUCUCCAUCAACCACAACUGGGUCAACGGCUGUAACCUGGCCAACAUGUGGCACUUCCUGCAGCAGGAGCUCUGUGCCGUGCAGCAGGAGAUCAUUGAGUGGAGGGACAGCAUGCCCGACUGGCACCACCACUGCCAGUCUAGAGGCAGAAGUGCUUCUUCGGGAAACCUAGGUCCUUUGCUCUUAAGAUCUUCAACUGAUUCGAUGAGGCCCACCCACGUUAUGGAAGGUAAUCUGCUUAAAGUCGGUUGAGUUCACAGCAACAUCCAGACACUGGCAUUUAGCCAAACAACUGUGCACCAUGACCUGACCACACUGGCACAUAAAAUGCACCAUUGUAACCACUCCCCGCAUAUUCACUGGUCACUCUGCUUCAUCCAGUGCCCACUUCUUAUGAUAUUGACCAGUGUCUCCUUGCUCACUCACUGUGCAAUUCAAAAGCCAAUGACUGUAUUUCCAUUUGACUUAACGCUUUGCACACCUCUUUGCCAUUCAGUCACUGUUCACACACUCGCCAUGUGCAGUUCAACAGCCAAUCUAUGCAUGUGCAUCCCACUUUCACUCCAGCACACUCUUGCAGCAUUUAACAAUUGCUCCUCCCAUGCUCCCAUCAAAUUUUCUAUUCUCACACACCCACUGUGUGCUAUUCAACAACGUCUUGUCGCACCCACUGCAAGUCACUGCAUACUCCCGGGGGCCAUGUUGUCAACUGCUCUUAACUAUUCCAGCUUCCCCUCCUAUACAGUCACUUUCCUUGCACAUUCUGCACCAUCCAAAUUCCACUAAGCCAUCAAUAAUCAACUCCUUUGCAAUCGCUAUCUGUAGUUCCUCAAUCAUUUGCUCCAUUUUGCUCUAUUCUGUGUCUGCUUCUUGCACUCCCAUUUGCAUUCAACAGUCACUUGCACAAAUCACUUAGGGCCUGGCAGAGGUGAGCCCUGCUCUGUGUCUGAGUGACAGAGCCAUCACGGAGGAAAGGGUAACUCAGAAUUGCCCUGCAUUUCAUCUGUCUCUUGCCUUUAUAGGUUGUAUAUUUAGGGGAUGUUACUGAAAAUAGGUGACAGGGUGUAGGCUGAAGGCUGUAUAGGGUCCCAGGGGCUCCCUCCCUGUGCCUGGCAUUAGCCCUUUAGCUUCCAAUCCUGGGAGAAGCCCCAGGAGAGCACUCAGGUGAGUGCAGGGCAGUGUGUGUUUCCCACCCAGAUUGGAAGCACUCUAGUGUUUAAUUGGUAGAGCUGUGUCUGUGCUGCCCAUGGAUUGUUGGUCCUGGUGGUACACCUCCUCCCCUGCUUAUCAGGCUGCAUCUUUUAGCCCUUCCGACAUGAAAGGUUGACAUCCCCUUGACAUAACCAAAGUACAUUCAUCAGGCCCCAGCCAGAGAGGAGUGACCUGAUGUACCUGAUCAGUGUACCUGAUGGUGGACUGGGGGCCAUCUAGGGCAUUUCUGGGUUAAAACAAUUAUACAGGGCAUUGCAGGGAUGCUUAUAGAAUGACACCCAGCUAUAGGCCUAAACUCUGCAUCACAAAUCUUUCCCCUGGAUAAGAAAUAAGCAGGAAAAGGAAUUCUGAAGUCAGAGGAGUAUUCAAAUUUAGGUAGAGUGCUGACCUUGGUGGGGAGGGAUGAUGAAAAAUCCUGCCUGCCCUCAGUCUGUUUGCAAAUAAUCUUCCUCUGGCUUUUUCCUUUCCAUGUUGUAUUUUUUUUUUUUUUUAACCAUUUUCCCCACUUAGGGCUUAUAGAAUUCUACACUCGCCAGAGUGUAGAAAAGCAGCCAUUGUCCUGGGGCAGGAAAUGGUCCUGGCAAGAGUUACUUUUAAAGAUGCCCAGUUUUCAGUGGUUGUUGCUAUGCCUGUGAAAGUACCUUCAACCUCCCUCCAAGCCCCUGAGUUCUGAGGGGCUUUCUCAGCUCCUUGCCCAGUUUAAUGAUACUGAAACAAACAUCUCUGUGAAAGAUGGACUUGGGCAUGUCCUUCAGAGAAGGGUAGCUGGCCCUUCCUACUUCCACAUACAAUAAACUGAUGGCCCAAAAGACUUA